AUGCCAGGUCUCUCCAUCUCCUGCUGCCGGACCUCCAGCAUCUUUCUGAUGGAGUUUCUGUCGGUAGGUGCCUGCAGUGUUCCGCCACAUCUCGCAUCUGCAGAACUCAAAGAGCAAUACCGUCACAUUACCAGAUUCUCCAGUAUGGCAACGGUGGAAUACGUCUGUCGUCCAGGUUACAUAAGAAAUACUAACGUCCAAAACAGGUUGCUUUGUGGAAGGGACAAUAGGUGGCAGGGAUCGUGGGAGAUCUGUAUACCAAAGUACUGCAUCUACCCUGGAGAGCCGGACAACGGCAGACUCAUCCUAGAAGAAAACUUCAGUUUUGGUUCAUCCGUGAACUUCACCUGCAACACUGGGUACAGACUGGUUGGAAAUUCUCAAAUUCGAUGUGUGAUUAAAAGUGGGGUUGUUACGUGGGACAGAGAUAUUCCCAUCUGUGAGCCAAUACCAUGUUCCCCCCCUCCAAAAAUAGCUAAUGGAGAGCACAGCGGAGCUGACAAAGAGGUCUUUGAAUACGGAGUAUCUGUCACUUACCGGUGCCACACCGUCGAAAGGGGAGAGCAACCUUUCUCGCUGGUGGGAGAUGCCUCUAUUUUCUGUACAACCACAGAUAACAUAAAUGGUGUCUGGAGCAAGCCAGCCCCAGAGUGCAAAGUGAUUAACUGUGAGAAUCCGAGCGUGACGAACGGGAAGCUGCUGAGCGGGUACCGGCUUGCGUACACCUACAGAGACACUGUCAUGUUCGACUGCAACUUCCGCUACGCCAUGAACGGCAGCGAUGUAUCCACGUGCAAGGAAAACGGCCUUUGGGACCCUCCGCUGCCGCUCUGUCAGCUCAGUAGCUGUGACGACCCUCCAGAUGUGCAUAAUGCUGUUAAAGCAAAACUCGCUGGCAAUUUGUUUCCUGUGGAGACUGUCGUGACCUACGAGUGCAGGGAGGGCCACCAGUUCAGCCCGGACGAAACCACGUGGCACAUUAAGUGUCUGCCGGAUUUUACGUGGAGCGAAACUCCACCUCCUUGUGAAAGAAUUCGUUGCCCAGAUCCAGAUGUCAGGAAUGGAAAGCCCUUAAAUGUGUGGGAAGCUAAAGACCAUUAUGUGUAUGGAGACAGUCUGGAAAUUACGUGUAAUGAUGGCUAUGCUUUCAAAGGUCAUAGCAAUAACAUUGUGCUUUGGUGUUCAAGUGAUGGUAGAUGGGAUCCAGCGAUACCGGAGUGUACUCCAGAACGUCGUUGCCCAAAGCCAGAUACUGCUCAUGGAAGAGAGAUUUCUAAAAGCAAAAAUGACUACACAGUUGGGACCCGACUGAGGCUGGCGUGUGAUUCGGGCUAUGUCCUCAGGGGCCAGGACUCGACCGAGUGUCAGGCUGAUGUGAGCUGGGCUCCCCCGUUACCAUUUUGUGAUAAAGUCUGUGGCCCCCCUGCACAAAUCACCAACGGGCAGCACUCUGGCUUGAGAACAGAGCAGUUCCCCUAUGGCGCAGAGGUGACGUACAGCUGCACGGAGGGUCUGUCCCUCAUUGGGGAUGCCACCAUCUACUGCACCUCCGACGAUGGGGUGAACCUGGCGUGGAGCGGACCUGCCCCAGAGUGCAGGGGUGACUGUGGGUCCCCACCUCUCAUGACCCACUCCAGACCAUCCAGCGACGAGCACGCCAGCAGCUUCCCCGUUGGAUCCAGGGUGACAUACACAUGCAUUGAAGGCGCCAUCAAAAUUCCCGGGAGGUCGGACACGGUGGAGUGCCUGCCCGGCGCACGCUGGUCAAAACUGCCCGAGCCCUGCGGCCGGAGCUGUGCUGCCCCGACAAGGUUGCGGUUUGCUGCCCUGUCCAAGGAGGACGAGAGGAUUAACUUCUUUCCUGUUGGGACCAACGUGAGCUACGUCUGCCGCCCUGGCUACGAGAACACCUCGGAAAGUUCCCCCACCAGCACUUGCCUUGAAAACCUGGUGUGGUCGGAAGCUGCUGAGCUGUGCCGGAGGAGAUCCUGCGGCGACCCCGGAGCGCUGCCCGGGGGCGGGAUGGUCGCUCUCACAGACCUGCAGUUCGGUGCAAGAAUGAACGUGUUCUGCGACGACGGGUGA